UUUGAUUGUUGCCGAGUUUAGGUUAAGUUGCAUUUAUUACAUUUUAAAAUCAGAUAAUAAUAGGUAAUUCUAAUAAAUUAAACCCUUAAAACUAGAAUUGUCAAAGUUAUUUUGAUUUGAUAUUCAUCUUGGAUUAUUCGCAGAGUAAAAACAACAGGAAAUGUAAUAAUAAAAAUAUUCUACACCAUCAGCAUGCCAACAUUUCUGACCCCAGGGCGGCAUGGGUACAGUGUGCGGUUCUCCCGGACCAGGCCUGAUGCCCUUGCAGUCGCUACUAGUCAGUAUUACGGCCUUGCCGGAGGAGGAACACUAUUCUUCUUGGAGCUGGCUCCAGAUGGAAGUACAAUAGUUGAAGUGCAGAAGUUGGAGUGGACUGAUGGACUUUUUGAUGUGACAUGGUCGGGCACAACAGAUGGCGCUGCGGCAUGCGGCGCGGGCGACGGGGCUGUGAUCAUAUGGAGGGCGGGCUGUGCGGCCCCUCUGAGAGUUCUUAGAGCCCACACCAGUGAAGUUUGUUCAGUAGACUGGCCAAGGUCACAUUUAUUGACUGCCAGUUGGGAUACUACGGUUAAAUUGUGGGACCCGGAGUCAGAAACGUGUCUCAACACGUUCGCGGGUCACUCCCAACUUGUUUACACCGCGGCGUUCUCCCCCCACUCGCCGGCUACAUUCGCCUCGGUAUCGGGCGAUGGUCACCUCAAAUUGUGGACUUGUACAGAGGCCAGCAGACCUGCGGCUGUGGUCAAGGCUCAUGAUGCUGAGGUGUUGUCAUGUGAUUGGAGUAGAACAGAGACUCACGCGCUUGCGACGGCCGGAUCCGACGGAUUAGUCCGCGGGUGGGAUUUAAGAAGACUCACAUCACCUAUGUUUACGCUUAAAGGCUGCGAGUGCGCAGUAAGAAGAGUACAAUUUUCGCCGCACGCGCCGUCAGUGAUAGCGGCUGUUUCUUACGACUUCACAACAAGGAUAUGGGACCUAAAACGCGGCUGUGACCCAUUGGAGACGAUCCGCCACCACUCGGAGUUCACGUACGGGCUGGACUGGAGCCCGCUGCGCGCGCGCCAGCUCGCCGACUGCGGCUGGGACUCGCUCGUGCACGUGUUCACGCCCAGGAGCCUCUGUUGAGAGAUAACCAAGAGGUGUUCAAAUUUGGAACAUUGUGACUGACUGCGGCUGUGCUUACGAACUGAGUGAUGUGCCAAAUGGUAGCACUAGAAGUGCCAACUUUAUUUGUAAAGUACUAAGGUUCAAAAUCGCUUGCCAAGCGAUUGGUGCAUAGUUCGAACAGGGAAUAUGAAUAUUGUAUGAUGGUCAGAUUUUUACUUUUUUAUAGGAUAGUGUCAUAGGCGUAUAUGUCUGUCAAUAUUGUGACUGCCAAUUUUUUUUUGCCAUAAUCACCUUUCGCAUACAGUUUUUUGAUAUAUUUAUCAUGAUAGCAAUAUUAUGUUAUUAUCAUACAUUAUUUAUUUUAUUAUAUAUUUAAAUUUAUUAUGUAACUUUUUGCGAAAUGAUGAUUAUAGCGAAAAUGUAAUGCAAAAGAUUAUGGACAUACAAUUUAAUGAGAACAUUAUAAGUCAUAAAUCUUCCUUAAUGAAAAAAACAUUACACUUUUCUCCUUAAUGUGAAAUGUAAAUUUGCAAGUAUAUUCCAUAACUCCGAAUUUUUAUAAAACAAUAUUAUGACGUCAUUGAUUUAACUUCAAUAGUAUUCCAUUUUAUUACAAUUUAUAGUAUUCUAACUUAUCUAGCCAAUCAGCUAUAAAUCCAAGCGAUAAAUAAUUAAUAUAAGAGCUAAACUUUCUUAUAUAACGGCUAAUGUGAAAGAUUGACCAGAAAUAUAACAGACCUUUGAAUGAUAGCGUGUCAGAUAGGAGUCGGUUUGUGUAAAUACCAAUCGUAGCCGAAAAAUGUAAGGACAUUAUAUGUGGGCCAUUUGCACAUUUAAUAUUGACUUAAUAUCCGAAUU